AUGGCGGACGAGCACAGUCACGCUCCCUCCAUCAAUCAGGCGGAGAUCUUGGCAAUCAAUGAGGCCUUCAGGGCCAAAAAUCAAAGAACGGCCAAACUCCUACGACAGAUGGAGCAUGAGCACAGCAAAGGAGAGCACAAAAAUUCUGAAAACAAGGACGACAAUGACGAGCACACCUCGGAAACUAAACACACCAUCCCAAAGACCACAAAAACAACCACCAAAAGAACCAACCCCUUCACAAAAGAAGUUAUGAACUUUGAAAUGCCUAAAAACUUCACCUUACCUUCAACCCUCAAACCCUACCAAGGAAUAGGAUACCCGAAUGUCCACGUCACCAAGUUCCACGCUAUGAUGUUCAUGAAUAAGGAGUCUGACCCGAUCUUAUGCCGAACCUUUCCAACCUUCCUGGACGGAGCCGCCUUAAUCUGGUUCUCCAACCUACCCAAAGGCUCCAUCUCAAACUUCGAUGAACUGGCCGACCAGUUCGUCAAUCAUUUCGCCGCAUCCAAAAUAUAUGUCCACAAUUUCGAUUACCUGAGCACCAUCAAACAAGGACCGAACGAAAGCCUGAAAGACUACAUGACUAGAUUUACUGAAGCAACCAACGAAAUACCCAACCUAAACCCUGAAGUACACCUCCACGCCCUAAAAAGUGGCCUCCGACCAGGGAAAUUCCAGGAGUCCAUAGUGGUUGCGAAACCAAAAACCUUGGCCGAGUUUCGAGAAAAGGCAACGAAUCAGAUCAAAAUCAAAGAAUUCCGAGCACUGCGAAGAGCGGAAAAACCUACCACAAAUAGGGAAGAAGAAAGACGAAACAGACACCCAACCGGCAGAACAGAGCAGAGAUCAUUCAGAUUAACUCCUAAGUUCGAUAGCUAUACCCCCCUUAACACAAAAAGGGAGGAUAUUAUAAAGGACAUACUACACUCAAAGAUCAUCAAACCCCCAAACAGAGCUGGUACAUACCAGGACCAGCGACAUGUGGAGAGAUCAAAGUAUUGUGCCUUCCACCAAAAGUACGGUCAUACCACAAACGACUGCGUAAUAGCAAAGGACGUCCUUGAGAAGCUGGCCCGCUAG